AUGUCUCUUACUAAAUUACGUUGGAUUAGUUUGCGUCGAUUAUUGUUAACACCCGAUAAAUUAUUAAUUAAAAGAGGAGUAUCUAUUCACUACCUUGAGAAAGAUGAAAACUUAAUAUUAAAUAAAGUGCUCGUGGAGAAUGAAGAAUUCAAUAAUGAUAAAUGGUUAUUAAUUCGUGAAGAUUUGUGCAAGAGUGAUUUUAGCAUCAAUGAUGUCAAUGUUGAUUGUGUAAUUAUAGAUAGAUGUUGGGUGGCUAAUAAACAAGAUUUAGCUGUAAGUUACGUACAAUACUUACUGCGAACUGAAAAGAAAAAAUUAAAUAUCGGAACAAUAGGAAGAUAUUUUAAAGCACUUUAUGAUCUUCACAGGCCAUUAGAUCCUCAAGAAAUUGAAGAAAUUUAUCAAUUGUAUGAUGAAUUAAUGAAAGAAUAUCCUGUUGUUGAUCCACAGACUGCCGAAAAUUUAAUUUCCGGAUUGUCAUUGACAGAAAGAUGGAAAGAAUGUUUACAAUUAUUAGAUAUGGUUGAAAAUUCAGGAAGUUCACGAGGUACUUCUUAUUCGUCAAUUAUAUCAGCGGCUUUUGACCAUAAUGAUUUUACAAUUGGUUGGAAGUAUUUAGAAAGCAUGUAUCCCCGAUUACAUCCCAACUACUAUGCCUAUAAUUCUUUUUUAAAUUAUUGUACGAGGGCGUCGAAAAAUACACCUGAACUUGAAUAUGUUGUCAAUAAAAUAUUUCAACUGUGGAAAAACUAUGACAUAAUACCGCCUUUAGAUAUAGUUAUGCUUUAUGUUAAUACUCUUACUGGUACUGGAGAAUGGACUGCUGAGAAAAUAAGGAUCGAAAAAAAUGGUUUUUGCGGAGGUUGUAAACAAACAUUAGAACCUUUGAGCCUUAAUGAAAAAGAAUUUAAAUAUUUAUCACACGCUGUCUUGUCUAAUACUUUAGUAGGAGACGACGUUUACAAUAAAACUACUCCUGGAGAAUUAAGAAGAUUUAAAGAAUUUGUAAAUUCAACAAAGCCCUAUGAUGUUUGUAUUGAUGGACUUAAUGUUGCUUACACUCUUAAUCGAACCAAAAAAUCAUCUAAUUUAGGCAAAGAGUUAGCGGCAGUUGUCGCAGAAUUUCUCAAAGAGAAUAAAAAAGUAUUCGUGUUGGGGCGUAAGCAUAUGACUAAAUGGUCACCAAGAGACAUGGAAUUCGUCCGAAAAUACUGUUAUAUAUUUUUUGCUCAUGAUUUGUCACAAGAUGAUCCAUUCUUACUCUAUGCAACUCUUGCCAGUGGCAUGAAGACUCAUUUUGUAUCUAGAGACUUGAUGCGUCAGCAUAAAUUUCUGAUACAAGAAGAAAAGGCUCAGCAAGCUUUCCGACACUGGCAACAGUGCAGGCAGAUCUUUCCAAUGUAUGUUGGAACGAAUUUCCAUAGAACAUUAUUACUAAUUCGUCCACCCAAAUAUCUUCCAAUAGCUCAAAAAGACUCGAAUGGUUGGCAUUUACCAUAUUAUGAUGAAAGCUCGUCGGUAUCAAGAGCACAUGACAUUAAUAUUCCUGAAGCACCUAAAACGUGGAUCUGCCUAAGAAAAAAGUCGUAA